AUGUCAAGCAGCGACGCUGAUACAGUACUCUAUAACCCUGAAGACGACUCGGAUGAAACAGUCAUUGAUUUGACUAUAUCCUCUGACGAUGAGGAAGUGAUCGAUUUGACGGUAUCCUCUGACGACGAGGAAUAUGGGCUGCUCGAAUCAGAGGCAGAAGAAGGUCUUUACAUCUUACAACUAAAGCGACGCACAUUAAUAUGGUAG